AACUGUAAUGUGAAGCACCGUCUUCCCUGAAAACCCUCCAUUAACUUUCACUCUCUUUCCCGAGAAAACAUUUAUUGCCCGUAAAAGAGGAAAGCUUUGUUAAACCCAACUCCAUUACCUCACUGAUGCGGCGAUUCAACGCCAGCUUGCUUUCUCACUCUUUCCCUUUCUCCAUUUUCUCGCAAAGGUUUACUUUUCUAGCCACCGAACCGAAGCGGAGCGAAACUCCUCUGCAACUUUAAUUUUAUUCGUGAAUCCAUUUAUAUAAUACAAAUAAUAUCUCUGUUCGGGUUUCUGGGGGAGGUUGAUGUUGCCGUCAAGCUGACCUGGUUUCUCUUUGGAAAACCCAACACACACUUUCUCCAAUUUUUUUUAUAUUCGAUUCAUACUUGUUGUAUUUAAGUUCUCGGUGAUUAGGCAUUCCAGUUCAUAUCUUGUCAUCAAUUCCGCGUUUCAAUUCCGUGUUGAUUUCCUUUUCUCCGCUUCUUCUUCUUAUUGCUUUCGUGUCUCACUCUCCGAAUCAGAUCUGCAUUUUGGCCCUGCGUGAGAGAGACGCAGGACUACGAAACAUUCCCGGUAAUUCCAACUGUCUUUUAUAAUUCGAAGUCAAUUUCCCAUUAGGAUUCCAAGAGAAGAAUUUGGGUGUUUUGGGUCUGUUCUGGAUCUUGGCGUAGUUAUGACUGCAUAUCAAAUUUGAAGCUUCUCCGAAAGCUUUGAGUUGGGCGUGUAAUUUUGCUGGGUCUAUGGAUAUAAAAAUGAUUCCUAGGGAUAUGGAUAUGAAUUUGAUGUUCAAUGAAAAGUUGACAUGAAGGAAGGAAGCUAAGGUUAUUUGGGUUCAAAGGAUCUGAAAUUUGGGUGAAAUUGGGGGGCUCUGAAAGUGAAUUUGUGAUUUUGUAGAAAUGGGGUCUAGGGAUGAGAGGCAUCACCACAAUCUUGUACCUCUGGCUGCAUUGAUCAGCAGAGAGAUGAAGAGUGAGAAGAUGGGGAAGCCAACUCUGAGAUAUGGCCAUGCUGCACAGUCUAGGAAAGGGGAGGAUUAUUUCAUGAUCAAUACUGAUUGCCAGAGUAUUCAGGGGAAUCCUUCCUCGGCCUUUUCUGUCUUUGCGAUCUUUGAUGGGCACAAUGGGCAAACUGCAGCAAUAUUUUCAAGGGAUCACUUGCUAAAUCAUGUAUUGGGUGCUCUUCCUAGAGGGCUCGGCCGGGAGGAGUGGCUUCAAGCUUUACCUCGGGCACUUGUUGCUGGUUUUGUGAAGACUGACAAGGAAUUCCAGAACAAAGGUGAAACUUCUGGAACAACAGUUACAUUUGUAAUAGUUGAUGGAUGGACUGUGACGGUAGCAUCUGUCGGAGACUCCCGUUGUAUUUUAGACACUCUGGGGGGCACUGUCUGUGUCUUGACAGUAGAUCAUAGACUGGAGGAAAAUGAAGAGGAGAGGCAACGUGUAACUGCCAGUGGAGGCGAAGUUGGGAGGCUUAGUAUUGUUGGUGGUGUAGAGGUUGGUCCUCUUCGAUGCUGGCCAGGGGGUUUAUGCCUUUCAAGAUCUAUUGGAGAUGUAGAUGUUGGAGAAUUUAUCGUUCCAAUACCCCAUGUUAAACAAGUGAAGCUAUCACAUGCAGGUGGAAGGCUUAUAAUCGCUUCGGAUGGCAUCUGGGAUGCAUUAUCCUCAGAAAUGGCAGCAAAAUCUUGUCGUGGAUUGCCUGCCGAACUUGCUGCUAGGCAAGUUGUGAAGGAAGCUUUGAGGACAAGGGGGCUGAAGGAUGAUACAACCUGCAUAGUAGUUGACAUAAUUCCUCCUGAUAAUACAGUGCAGCCUUUAGCUUCCCCAAAGAAGCAGAACAAACUCAGAGCUUUAUUGUUUGGGAAGAGAUCUCGGGAUUCUGCUAACAAACUAUCUAAGAAGCUCUCAGCUGUAGGUAUUGUAGAAGAACUAUUUGAUGAAGGCUCAGCAAUGCUUGCUGAAAGAUUGGGACACGACGAGUCUAACGGCCAAUGGUCAAACAGUUUGUUUAUAUGCGCGGUUUGUCAAGUUAACCUUGCUCCAAGUGAAGGGCUAUCGGUUCAUGCGGGUUCCAUCUUCUCCAUGAGCUCAAAGCCCUGGCAAGGCCCCUUCCUCUGCGCGGAUUGCCGCAAUAAGAAGGAUGCCAUGGAAGGAAAACGACCCAGCGGAGUUAAAGUGGCUUAAUUCAGAAUCAGUAAUUUAUUUUGCUUGUUAUCUUCAUUCUGUUUCAUUAUUUAUUCAAUAUAUUAAUUCUUCUAAUAUAUAGGCUAGGUAUUUGUUUCAAUUAUACAAUAUAUAUGCAUGGAUGGAUGGAUGGAUGGGGCUGCCCGAAAUGUAUAUGUAAUGUUGCUAUUUUUGCAAGUAAUGCAAUGUUGAGAACAGACUACAAGAUCUUAGGUUUACGUCGAAUA